AUGGCAGGCCCCCAACAGUCGGCCACUUCUCCUCGUCGGAGUCGUGGGUUUAGUGUCAAAUCCGAGUCUUCCCAUAAAUCCCAUCUCUCCGAGUCCUCCCAGGAGAAGGCCCGACGCAGUUUACAUACCAAGGCGGAUCCUACGGUCGCGAUGAACGAGUUGCAGCCCAUGGCGGUUGCUCUGGAAAAGUCCAAUAUGGGCUCUCUCCGCGCAAUAGAGCAUAAGGAUCAAUAUGGCAAUCCUAUCACCGAUCCCGACUGGUCAAACCCCACCCGCCCACGUUUCGAGCGCCCGCUGGAUACCAUCCGCUCCUUCGAAGCAGCCAUCUAUGGCACCUACACCAGUCAACGUCCCGUCUCGUACGCCCGUACAGGUUCGUUCGCCUCCUCCGUCCCUCCGCGCAGGGACCCCAAUUCUGAUCAAUCGCUUGUAGAUGACGCCGCUUCGCAGAUGGGCGACUACAGUCGCCGGACAAGUUACUACGGAGGCCAGAACAACGGCUACUCGAACCGCGCAUACGGCGAUCAGAACGGUUACGGACGCAACGCCCAAUCCCGCCCGGACAGCAUGAUCGAUGCCUACGGCGGUUCCAGCCAGGCCCCCGAUAACUACUAUCCCUACAACCAAAACGGCAACGGUCGGCGCCCACGCCAGAACCCGCGCCAGUCAGAGCAGGGUGGAUAUGCCAACGGUAACGGCGGUCAAUACGCCUACCAGCAACAGAACCACCAACGCUCCUACGACAAUGUCACCGCCAUGUCUGGCUCCGGGUAUACCGACUCCUACGGACAAUCCACAGACCCGAGCAGCCUCAACAGUUCAAUGGAUCAAUUGCAGCAGCAGGCUCUGCAGCAACAGCGACUCGAUGAACGCGCCCAGGCCGAGUAUGGCUUCCAGGGUUUCGGCGGUAGCCCAAAUAUGAACGUGAAUGGGAAGAAUCUCCCGUCUGCGCCGGCAGCCGCCGCGGAUCCCAACUGGGGUGGCGCGGCGCCUGCAAAUGGACAUUUGAGGAAGACUCCGACGGCGAAUGUAAAAGCGCAGGCACAAGCAAACCCGGAGAAGAGGAAGAGUUGGUUCAAGAAGCGGUUUAGCAAGGGAUAG